UAAAGCCAAUAUUGGCCAUGGAAUCAAUGUAAUUGCACGAUAAUAAUUGUAUUAUAUAUUUAUAUUGGCAGUGUAUUGGUCAAUAUUUACCAAUGUAAUGAGAAUAUUGGUCUAAUAUUGAUACAAUAUUGGGAAUACUAGAUUUACAUUACUUGCCAAUAUCGCGCCGAUAUAUUGUGCUACUAGGCUUUUGGAGAUUAGGCCUCUUCUCGCCGACAUUUUUGCAAGAGGAAUGAAAUUCAUAUCAGCGGCGAUACAUUGGCAGAUUCUAAAAAGAAACAAGCUAGGUAUCUGUACCAUCCGCGUGGCGAGACAGCAACGCUCGUCACGCUGUAAAGAAAAAUCCUAUGUAAGAUCUCUCGCUGUGCGUUUUUGUAAGGAAACUGAUUUUGUAGAAAAAGAGAGAGGACGAAUUUGUUGAAAAAUAAAACUCGAUUCGUCAGAAUUCUGCGAGCUAACGAGUAAAAGGCCCCACCGAUUCUAGCCAGAUUGACCGAGUCGCUUUUAUUGUUGCAGGAACAGUGCCGCGCGAACGACUGUUCUGGACAAAAUGUAUACGCGCGCGCGAUCUGUCAAACUCCGCGCACGCAUCAGCUGAUUUCAGAACGCAUCCCGCGAGGCUGCGGUGAGACGCGCAUAACCUAGAGACCGCCCGUUGAAAUGAGAAGAGGGCCCUUGCUCGUCCGUCGCUCUAUUUAUCGCUCAAUUUUGCGCGUAAUGAACAACGCCAAUUAAUACGAGUGUCGUACAGGUUGGCUUAUGCGGUUUCGUCCCAAGAGCGCGGGCAAAGGUGAAGAUGGUAGAUAUAAAGAGCAAUCCUCCCGUCGUCGGGGAGAACGACUCGCAUUACGAGUCGAGGAUACGAGCAAACAGUUCCGGCACGGGCACGUCGACGCCGUCGUCCUCCUCGGACUACAUGACGGGAGAGGCAGAUGACAGCUCCGACAGCAAGGCGACUAUACCGUUCAGCUUGAGAUCGGUGGAGACCAUGCUCUCAUUGUCCAAGGACGCCUCUCAGGAGGAUCUUCAAGAGAUGGUGCGCAAGUGCAAGGUGAUGGUGUUGGAGAGCGCCGAGUGCUCGGACGAGCGCAAGUGGCUCGUCCGGCGGCUGAUCGAGUUGCGUUUGCGCGUGCAGGAGCUGCGCGAGACCUCGGACGAGAAUCUCUUCGAGACGCGCGUUAUCCUCGGCCACCACUUUGUGCCGCAGAAGUACUGCUACACCACGUCCAGCCCGGUUUAUUGCGACCACUGCAGCGGCGCGAUCUGGAUGAUGCUGCAGUCGUGGUACAUGUGCAACGAUUGCAAGUUCAGUUGCCACUGGAAGUGUCUGAACAAUGUGUGCCGCGUGUGCGUGCACGUGGUCGCCAGCGAAGCCGGCGGAUACACGCACACUAAGGACAUCUGCCCGGAGAGAGGCCUCUCGAAGCAGGGCUACCGCUGCGCGGAGUGUAAAGUGCGAAUAACAUUCACUUUCUCGAAAGGAUUAUCUCUAUCUUGCUUCGGCAGUUCCUUUAAGAGUACAGAAUCGGCGUGGGUAGAGCCUCGACUCUGCGACUACAGCGGUCUCUAUUACUGUCAGAGAUGCCAUUGGAACACAGCCAUGGUCAUUCCCGCGAGAGUGAUCAGAAAUUGGGACAUGGAGCCGCGUCUGGUGUCCCGCGCCGCAGCGCAGCUUCUGAUGCUCCUGGAGGAUCGUUCCGUAUUGCCGCUGGAAGAAUUAAAUCCAAAACUCUUUACCCUGGUCCCGGAUUUAUCGCUUGUAAAACGAAUGCGAGGGGAAAUGCAGAUGAUGAAGAGGUACUUGGUUCUGUGCGUGGAAGCUUGCACUCAAGGAUUACCGUGGAAGAUUGGAUUGCGCACACACAUGAUCGAGAAUUCAGGUAACUAUUCCGUCAAAGAUCUCAUCGAUCUUCAGAGCGGCAUCCUCCUGGACGAGCUUCGUGCCGCGUACGAUACGAUGCACGCGCACAUUACGCAGCAGUGCGAGCUCUGCAAGGCAAGAGGACACCUAUGCGAGAUAUGCAGCAACGAUGAAGUAAUUUAUCCAUGGGAUGCAAGCUCGGUUAUCUGUCAGCAAUGCUCGGCAGUGCAUCAUCGUGUUUGUUGGGCGAAGCGCAAUCAUUGUUGUCCACGGUGCGCACGUUUGCAAAAACGUCGCGCUCUACAGGGACAAAUGAUGCAUGAUGGGGAAGACUGUGAUACGGAUGAUACUGCAAAGGACUCCUGAACGAAAGCGCGAAAAUUGCAAAGGGCGAGUACGCGGUAAAAUAUUCGUACAAUCGUGUAACAAUUUAUACUUUGUACCUGUUAUUUUUUUAAGCGAAUCUAAUCGAUAGCAGGUUGUAAUUUUUAUAUAUUACCAUAUUUGUUAAAGGUUGUAUAGCGGUUUUUCAAUUACAAAUUUAUAAUUGUAUCGUGUGAUUUUUGUAAUGCACGGUCUAAUCGGUAACAUGAAGUCACCUUAUGCAUACACAGCCAUAUUUUUUAAAUAAUUGUGUAAACUUGUCUCGCAAUGCGCAGAGUAUCACAGUCGUGAAUGUAGUGAGGGCAAACGAAAUACUCAUUCAUUAAACGCUGCGGGUUAAUUGCAAUAUUGCACUUUUAUGUUUUAGAAGAAUGUUUAUUAGCAAUACAUUGUCUGUCACAUUCUACAAGUAUGUAAUGCAUUUUAAUCUAUAUGGAAAUCAUAACGAACUGGAUAAACUGAAAAGAGGAGGCAAGCAAAUAUGAUCUACGCCAAAUUUGUCGCUUGUCAAUGCACAUUACCAGUUAUUUACCCGUAUUUUUACCACACAUUAUUCGAUGAAUGUCAAUUGCGAAUUUUUAUCUACUGUCUACAUAGAUAAUGUUGCGUGAUAUAUGUUUCUAGCAGAAUUCUCCUUGGGGCCCACACUUGUUACAUUUGUUUAUCGCAAAUGUUUAAUGAUAAAUUUAAUACCGUUCAGUUUGUCAUUGGGCUAUUCGAUCUGCUUCCGCCUGCGCCCUGGUAGAAUUAAGUAUCGGCGGUAUUUAAGCGAAGAGUCAAGUUAUCGGGACCAGUUUGCGUCACCAGUUGGUUGUAGUCAGGUAAGCACAUUGCAUCGUGACACUUUUCACAGAACAGCGAGUAAACGUGUCCUCGAAAAGGAUGUUUUGAAACUUGCUAAUUUAUUAAUUUAGUAUUUGUAUCGACUUGAAUAAAUCUCAUCACGUUAUUUUUUUAAUUGUUAGAUUUUGAAAAAGAAAGUAUAAUAACGUUUUUCAAACAUUUGUUAUAGCUUUAUUCCAAACUAGAAUAUGUACACGUACAAUCCCCAAUGUUCCAAACGCAAAAUACAGUUUUAUAGUUGUAUUUGAUAAUAAUAUAUUAUCUUUUUACGGCUAGGCGGAAUCUUUAGUGCCUAAUAACAUUUGUUUUUUGCAUUCAACUGAGCAAACUGCGCACCGAUAACUUUUGGUCUUAAAACACAGUCUGAAUUGAAGUCGAAAUAAUACAUAAUUAAAUUGAUAAUUAAUUGAAUAAUGAUAUUCAAUAAGUAUCCUUCAGAAAAGGAUCAUUAGAAUUUAUUGCGAAAAAUAUUAUCCCAGCCAAGACAUUUUGUAUUAUUUGAGGCCGAUAUAUACGCUGUAUUACUUUUUGUAAUUAUCUGCUGUUCUCAAUUUAUGAUAAUUAAAAUAUCAGUGUGCUACGACAAACAAGUUUAACAACAAUAACCAUUUUUUAUAAACUUAUUUAAAUAUCAAACGUUAUUGUAAUUGUAAUAAUUAACUAGAUGCUUGUAUUAUGAAAGAAAUAUGUAUUAUUUUUUCGCUUCUCAGGAAAGGUAGAUCUGUAUUAAGCAAUAAUACAUCAAAUACUAACGAAAGACAGACAAUAGAAAAUAAACUCGACAUACAGGUAAA